GAAAAUGGCGAGUUCAGUUGAGAAGGAAGGUUCUGGUGCUGUCGGUGCAGCUGCAGGUGCACCAGAAGAGCCUGUUUCGUUUGAGCUACCUGCUCCAUCUGGUUGGACCAAAAAGUUCUUUCCAAAAAAGUCAGGAACACCCAAGAAAAAUGAGAUUGUGUUCACUUCACCAACAGGAGAGGAGAUCCGUACCAAAAGGCAUCUGGAGAAGUAUUUGAAAACUAACGGUGGCCCAAACAUAUCAGAAUUUGAUUGGGGCACUGGGGAGACUCCAAGAAGAUCAUCGAGAAUUGUUGAGAAGGUCAAGGCAGCUCCUCCAGCAGAGCCAAAAAGUGACCCACCUAAGAAACGUAGCAGAAAGUCAUCAGCUUCAAAGAAAGCAGCUUCUGAGGACGAAGCAGAGGAGACAAAUGAUGUGGAAAUGCAAGAAGCUGGUGAAACUAAGGAUGACAAGGAUGUAGAGCUGGAAAAGGAAGUUGUUAACGAAAAUGAAGAUAAGAAGGGAGCAGAGGAUGCUGAUGUUAAAGAGUCCAUUCAACCUGGAGAAACUACGGAUGAGGGGAAAUCCAACACUGCUGAUGGAGAUUUGCAAGCAUCAAAAGAGAAUAUUGAUGACAAAGGAGCUGAGGGGUCUGGAGUUGUUCAGAAUAAGGAUGAAGAAAAGACUGGACAGCCAGCAGAGGAGACAAAGCAAGAAGAAAAGAUUGGACAGCCAGCGGAGGAGACAAAGCAGGAAGAAAAGAUUGAACAGCCAGUGGAGGAGACGAAACAAGAAGAAAAGAUCGAACAGCCAGUGGAGGAGACGAAGCAAGAUGGUGGAUCUGGGGAAGCAGAGAAAUCUGAAGCUGCCCCUACUGCUGAGAAAACGGCUGAAGUGGAAGGCGAAAAUAAAGAGGACGAUAACAGGAUCACCCGCGAGGCUGGAGGAGAAACCAAGGAGAAAGACGCGACAAGAGUGCACGAUGAAGCAAACUACAAGGUUCACGAUAUGAACAAGGCUGAAUCAGAGGUGACUGUGAAUGGAAGCUGAAUUGUUGAGGCCAAAGCUCAUGAAUGAAUACAAUAAACUCUUGGCUUCUGUCACUCUGACGCCUGUAGAUCUAUCUGAGGAUAACUGUAGUUUUUUUUUUUUU